UUGGACCAGGAAUCACGUGUACUGCAUGUAAAUCCUGUUGAAUUCCUUCCUAGGUUGUAUCGUAGAUCUUGCUCAUCAUUAUUGUAAAUACCACCACCUAUAUCUGAGAACCGUCAUGAGUAUGGAAGAAUCGAAACCCAAAUCGAAAAAAGCUAAGAAAUUGCGCAAAGAGAAAAAAAUAAUAGAUGAAACCCAAAACAAAGAACAUAUUUCAGAGGCAGCAAAUUAUGUAGCCGGAGAGGUGGCAAGUAGCUUGUUCUCUAAGAAGCCCGGUGAGAAUGUUACACCAUUAUUUUCUCUCUUUGGCACCAAGGCCACUGCAGUUCAACCAACUUACGUGCCAGUCAAAACACUUAAAAGAAAGCUUCCUGAACCAGAUAACACAAAAAAAGAUGCAACGAAAGUUAAUCAAGAAGUUGCUAACAAAACAAAGACGCAAAAAGAAAAGGAGCUUUCCGAGUCUGAAAAAAGACUGGCAAACAGGGAGCAAUCGUUGGCAAAUGCAGAUGAAGAAGAAAACACAAAACAAAAUCUUUCAAAGCAACGACAGACGAGUAAGAAGACACAACAAAUUGAUGACAACACUGGAUUAUUGCAGCCCCCCAAAAAAAUUAUAAACAAGGCAGAGGAAAGGAUAAAAAAUAAAAGAACUGUCUUUGUUGGUAAUUUACCUGUAGAUUGCACCAAGAAGAUGCUGAUGUCUUUAUUCAAAGAAUAUGGGCCUAUUGAAUCUGUGAGGUUUCGUUCUGUGGCUCGAGCAGAGCCCAACAUAUCAAGGAAAGCUGCUACAAUCUUGCGUAAAGUUAACCCAAAAAGGAAUAAUAUUAAUGCUUAUGUGGUUUUUAAAGAAGAGAGUAGCGCUUCAAAUGCGAUGAAAAGAAACGGAGAUGUGGUAGGCAAUGGGUUUCACAUCAGAGUGGACUUGGCAACGAAAAGCAAUUCUCAUGAUAACAAAAGAUCUGCAUUCGUUGGAAACCUGCCUUAUGAUAUUGAUGAAGAAAGUGUACGAAAACACUUCUCUGAAUGUGGAAAAGUAGAAUCAGUUCGUAUUGUUCGAGACAAAGACAGUGGGAUUGGGAAAGGAUUCUGCUUUGUUUUGUUUCAGGAUAUACAUUCAGUCCAACUUGCGCUGAAACUAAACAAUUCUGAGCUGCUGGGGCGAAAAGUUCGAGUGAAACGUGCUGCAUCAGAAACUUCAGGGAAGAACCCAAAUAAAAAUAAAAGCUUUAAGGAAAAGUUGAAUAAUUUAAAGCAAACAAAACCACACCAGAAGAAGUCAUUUGCUGGGGAAACAUUCGAUAAUAAAACAAAGAAAAAUAAAGUACAUAAAAAUAUGAAGAAAAAGUUUGACAGAAAUAAGAAGACGAAGUUUUCAAAAGUCUGAAGAAGCAGUUUUACUUGUUCAGGUUUUGUUUACUGUGUGACACUUGUUUUCUCUUUUUUUAGAAGUCAAAUACAGAUUUAAAUAUGUUGUAAUAAAAUACUUUUGUUCUUAAAA